AUGUUGUCCCAUGCACAUAUACCAAACGAAUUCUGGGCUGAAGCAGUCAAUACCUCGGUUUACGUGCGAAAUCGCAGCCCAACGAAAGCUUUAAAUGGUAUCACUCCGUAUGAAUGCUUGUUUGAAAAGAAACCUGAUGUGUCAAAUUUACGCGUAUUCGGAUGUGUUACAUACGUGCAUAUCCCCGACAAUCAAAGAAAGAAACUGGACGCAAAAUCUAGAAAGUCGAUUUUCAUGGGGUAUCCAGAAGGAGUGAAAGGAUAUAAGUUAUAUGAUCCUGUUUCUCGUAAAUUCCUUGGCAGUCGUGAUGUCAUAUUUCUGGAGAAGAAAUUUCAUGACUUUGAUGUUCAAACUUCAUCAAAUUUUGAUGAUCGCACAGAUGAUGAUAUUCUGAUAAUGAUUGAAGAAACUCCUGUUGACGCAAAUCAAAAUCAAGAUGAAAUUGCUAAUCAUCGAGUUGCAGAGAAUGCUGAAGGAAACCAGCAAGCCAAUGACCAGCGAGUGGGAGCAACCUUUGAAGAGACGUUUAUGAAUAAAGUUCGUAACGUUGGUGAACGCAGAAUGAGAAGACCACCCAAGAGAUUUGAUGAGGAAUGCUACUUAGCAAACGAUAGCAGAUAUUAA